CUUAGAAUGAUGCUCACUGGGAAAUUUUCCUUUUAUAAAAUCCAGCUCUUAAAUGGUAUUUUCUGUUCUCAUGCUCCCUCAGUCUCUCUACCUCUGCUUCUUUUCCUCCUUUUCAUUUUUGUUUUUAAGUUAAUGCAUCUAUCUGACCCAGCAUCUCUGUCUCCCUAGCGGCCGUGGGGGUGACCAGGCAUAAAUCGAAGGAGCUAAGUCGCAAACAGAGCCAACAGUUGGAGCUUCUGGAGAGUGAACUCAGGAAGGAGAUACGUGAUGGCUUUGCCGAGCUGCAGAUGGAUAAAUUGGAUGUGGUUGAUAGUUUUGGAACCAUUCCCUUCCUGGACUAUAAACAUUUUGCUCUGAGAACUUUCUUCCCUGAGUCAGGUGGCUUCACACACAUCUUCACUGAAGAUAUGCAUAACAGAGAUGCCAAUGACAAGAAUGAAAGUCUCACAGCUUUGGAUGCCCUAAUCUGCAAUAAAAGUUUCCUGGUUACUGUCAUCCAUACCCUUGAAAAACAAAAGAACUUCUCUGUGAAGGACAGGUGUCUGUUUGCCUCCUUCUUGACCAUCGCACUGCAAACCAAGCUGGUCUACCUGACCAGCAUCCUGGAGGUGCUGACCAGGGACCUGAUGGAACAGUCCAGCAAUAUGCAGCCCAAACUCAUGCUAAGGCGUACUGAGUCUGUGGUCGAAAAACUGCUCACAAACUGGAUGUCCGUCUGCCUGUCUGGUUUUCUUCGGGAGACUGUUGGAGAGCCGUUCUACUUACUGGUGACAACUUUGAACCAGAAAAUAAAUAAGGGUCCUGUAGACGUAAUCACCUGCAAAGCGCUGUACACCCUUAAUGAAGACUGGCUACUGUGGCAGGUUCCUGAAUUCAGUACCGUGGCAUUAAACGUCAUCUUUGAAAAAAUCCCAGAAAACGAGAGUGCAGAUGUCUGUCGGAAUAUUUCAGUCAAUGUUCUCGACUGUGAUACCAUAGGCCAAGCCAAAGAAAAGAUUUUCCAAGCAUUCUUAAGCAAAAACGGCUCUCCUUAUGGACUUCAGCUCAAUGAAAUUGGUCUUGAGCUUCAAGUAGGCACACGACAAAAAGAACUUCUGGAUAUUGACAGUUCCUCUGUGAUUCUUGAAGAUGGAAUAACCAAGCUAAAUACCAUCGGCCACUAUGAGAUAUCAAAUGGAUCCACUAUAAAAGUCUUUAAGAAGAUAGCAAAUUUUACUUCAGUGGAAGUGAGCACUGAAGACCCUAUUGAAUGCAGGCUCAAGUUUAUUGGUGACAAUUUGGCUCAGGCUGUGCUGCCGAGUGAGACUUUGGAGGUGAUACUUCCUGAAGAGGUUAUUCUUGGGGAGAAUUUGACUUCAAAUUGUCCAGAGGUUAUCUAUGAAAUUAAAGAAGAAACACCUGUUUUCUACAAGCUGGUUCCUCAUCCUCUGAUGGAUAUCUACAUCUAUCUGACAGCUGGAAAAGAGGUGAGGAGAAUUCGUGUUGCAAACUGCAGUAAACACAAAUCCUGUUCGGAGUGCUUAGCAGCAGCAGAUCCCCACUGCGGAUGGUGCCUCUCGCUACAAAGGUGCACUUUUCAAGGAACGUGUGGGCAAGGAAAGAAAUUAGAAAACUGGCUGGAUAUUUCAUCUGGAGCAAAAAAGUGCCCUAAAAUUCAGAUAAUUCGAAACAGCAGAGAUAAGACCACAGUGACCAUUGCGGGCAGCUUCUCUCCUGCAGACUCAGAGUGCGUGGUGAGGAAUGUGGACAUCGGCAAGGUGCUCUGCCAGGGGAAAUCUCAGCAGAACCGGACCUGCGCCUGCAGCAUUCCAACCAGGCCAAGCUACAAUGUCUUAGUUGUCAAUGUGACGUUCUCCUUCCCUUCUUGGAAUUUAUCAGAAAGAUUCAACUUUACCAACUGUGCAUCAUUAAGAGAAUGCUUGGCAUGUAUUGGACCUGGCUGUGCAUGGUGUAAACGUGAGAGAAAGUGUAUCCACCCCUUCACCUCUUGUGACCCUUCUGAUUAUGAGAGAAACCAGGAACUCUGUCAAGUUGAGAAAUCACCCAAGGCCUCAGGAGGGGGAAGACUGAAAGAGAAUAAAAACAACAGGACCAACAAGGGCGGCCAGAUCUUCCACAUUAAGGCCAUUGAACCACAGAAAAUAUCGACCUUAGGGAAAAGGAAUGUGAUAGUUACGGGAGCAAACUUCACCCAGGCAUCAAACAUCACAAUGAUCCUGAAAGGAACCAGUACUUGUGAUAAGGAUGUGAUACAGGUUAGCCAUGUACUCAACGACACCCAUAUGAAGUUCUCUCUUCCAUCAAGCCGAAAAGAAAUGAAGGAUGUGUGUAUCCAGUUUGAUGACAGGGCCUGCUCUUCUGCAGGAGCCUUAUCCUACAUUGCUCUGCCACAGUGUUCCCUCACUGUUCCUGGGACCACCUGGAUCAGCGGUGGGCAAAAUAUAACCGUCAUGGGCAGAAAUUUCGACGUGAUUGAUAACUUAAUCAUUUCACAUGAAUUGAAAGGAAACAUAAAUGUCUCUGUAUAUUGUAUGGCAACUUUCUGUGGGUUUUUAGCCCCCAAUUUAAAGAGUCCGAAGGUACGCACGAAUGUUGCUGUGAAGCUAAAAGUACAAGAUACCUACUUGGAUUGUGGAACCCUGAAGUAUCUUGAGGACCCCAGAUUUACCGGGUAUCGAGUAGAACCCGAGGGUGACACCGAAUUGGAAGUGAAAAUUCAAAAAGAAAAUGACAACUUCAACAUUUCUAAGAAAGACAUUGAAAUUACUCUCUUCCAUGGAGAAAAUAAGCAAUUAAAUUGCAGUUUUGAAAAUAUUACUAGAAACCAAGAUCUCACCACCAUCCUUUGCAAAAUUAAAGGCAUCAAGAAUGCAAACAGCAUUGCAGCCUCUUCCAAGAAAGUUCGAGUCAAACUGGGAAACUUGGAGCUCUAUGUUGAGCAGGAAUCGGUUCCUUCUACUUGGUAUUUUCUGAUUGUGCUUCCUGUCUUGCUAGCGGUUGUCAUUUUUGGUAAGUGCCCUGUUUAAUUUGGUCCGAGAAAUUAUUCCCUGGAGCCUCUCCUUAGGCAGGCAGCUUUCGGGGCCAUUUGCUUCCAUUAAGUAUUAAUGGGUUAAAACCCAGGUCAUAACUUUGGGAAAGGAAUAAUAGCUGCAUGUUGAGGACUUUCUGAAGAUUUUUUAGGAUGUCUCAUCAAUAAAA